AUGCCCUUCCGCUGCAAGCUAAACAAUGAUCGUACCGAAUUUUGUAGUGCUUGGGUCGCGUUUAUUAUCCUUACAGUACUCGUCUCAUUCCUGGUGCCGGCCGUCCUGGUGUAUGCUCUUGAAAACAUCUUCGCACCGAUUGGGCUAUUGUCGGAGAGGCUGGAGAAGGUCAAGCUCAAUUCGGAUGUGACGAUUUAUGCGAUGGAGGACGAUUAUUACACUCUGGUCAGCCCGACCCAAGCCCUCAGAUGGGGAGCCCGAGUUGUCUGGACCAAAAAUGGAGCUGAGCUGGAGCAGAACAAGAAGCACUACGAGCACGGGAGGCUGCGGCUUCAGAAUCUGACGACUCGCGCCUCUGGUAUCUACCACUGCAGUGUCGGGGAUCGUGUCGUCGCCACCUUUCACUUGAUCGUGCUGCCGACCUGGCCGGGGAUGCUGAGGGCGCACAUGCAGGCGAUGGAGUAUGCCAUGCUGUUCUUUUGGCUGAUGGUUGGAGCGCUGUUCUGCAUCGGAAAGCGCUUUAAGGGACGGAGGAUUGCCCCGGAAAAUGACGUUGCCCCGAUCGAGAUGUCGGAGGUUGGACCGGCUCGCAACCGCCUCCGCGGCCAUGGAUUUGAUUACACUCUGACGGACACGGAGGAAUGUAGCGAUAGUGAUGAGGAGCCGGCGGAAAAAUGCAUCCUCUACCUGACCUCCGUCCUCUCGUCCGCCGAAAAAGCCGCCAAAAUCCGUGAAGAAACACUUCCGAGUUUAAUUGGAAGAAGAAGAUCAGCACUUCCGCGAAAUCAAGAAGAAGUGGAGUAUUGUUGCGCGGCUGGGAGAGUG